CACUAUGAUGGCCAGAAACCUCCUUCGUUCUUUCACUUCUCCUUCUUCCUUAAACCCUGUAACCAAAAUCAAGAACUAUUUUUCAAUAGAUAGAAAUCUUGGGCCAUUUUCAUUCUUCUGUUCCACUGCAACUGCUGUUCCCUCACCAACAUCAACACCAUCAUCGCCUGAUUCCUCAGAAUCUGUCCCAAAGGAUUCACUUUUUGCCAGGCUCGUGCGUGUGCGUAAGCCUAAAGAUUCCAUCCCUCAAGUACUUCAGAAAUGGGUGGAUGAAGGUAGAGAAGUAGACCUUGAUAAUGUCAGAAUUAUUAUCAAAUCCUUCAGAUCUUAUAAACGUUACAGCUAUGCCCUCCGGGUUUCUGAAUGGAUCAAUGGCAUUCAACAUUCUAAACUAAAACCUGCAGAUGCUGCAGUUCAUCUAGAUCUGAUAGCCAAAGUCCAUGGCCUUGAGCAAGCAGAAAAAUAUUUUGAGAGCCUGCCAGACAAUUUAAGAGUUAUUCAAACAUAUGGUGCUCUUUUGAAUUGUUAUGUUAAAUCUAAGUCAUUGCGUAAAGCAGAGGAAAUCAUGCAGAAGAUGAGGCAGUUGGGCUAUAAUAAGACGCUGUCUUACAGUGGUAUGCUGACAUUGUACGUUCAGACGAGGAAGCUGGAGAAAUUAGAUUCUCUAGUGCAAGAAAUGGAUGGCAAGGGCAUUCCUUUUGACAAUUUCUCAUAUAACAUCUGGUUGAACGCAUGUGUUGUGGGAUCUGACAUAGUGGGAAUGGAGAAACUUCUUAUGAGGAUGGAAGCAGAUCCUGUUAUUGUAAUGCAAUGGAAUUCUUAUGGGAUUGCAGCCAAUGGAUAUUUGAAAGCUGGUGACUUUAAGAAGGCUGAAGUGGUGUUGAAGAAAUCUGAGAGAUUAAUCGAGCAAGCAAAAGCAACUGGUCGAACAGGUUCAAAAGCACAUAAUAAAGCAGAUGAAAAAGCUGGUCAGGCCUAUGAGUUUCUACUAACUCUUUAUGCUACUAUGGGAAGAAAAGAUGAGGUACUCCGUUUAUGGAAUCUGUACAAGAAACCUCGGAAGAUCUAUAAUAGAAGUUAUUUUUCUGUUAUAAGUUGUCUGUUGAAAUUGGAUGAUCUUGAUGGUGCAGAUAAGAUGUUAGAUGAAUGGCUAGCUAACAAGGAGUAUUUUGACAUUAGGAUUCCAGAUUUGCUUGUUACUGGAUUUUGCAAGAAAGGCCAUAUAGAAAGAGCAGAGUCAAUUAUUAGCAGACUUGUGGACGGUGGAAAUGAGCCGACUGCGAGCACUUGGAGUCGUAUGGCACAGGGUUACUACAAAACUAAUCAAAUGGAAAAUACAGUCGAGAUGACAAAAAAAUCGAUUGCUGCUGGUGUCGCAGGUUGGGAACCUGAUCUUCCCGUUUUGGCUUCCUGUCUGCGGUACUUGAAAAAAAAAGGAGAUAUUGAUGGAGCUGAGGAGAUGUUAAGGUUGCUUAAGCGAUGUGAGUUUUCUGCAGAAUUCAAGGACGUGAUUUCAAGGUACAUUAGAAAGGGAGAUCCAGCUUUCCAAGAACUUUAUCGGGCUGAGGAAGAGUCCGAGACUUUGGAACAAGACAUUUUUGGGGACACAGAGCUCAAUUUCGAACAUACAUCCUGAUAUAAUGUAAAAUAAAUUAAGCAAUUAGCCUAAAGAUGUCCCUUCAACGACAAAAUAUAUUGCACUGGUAUUCUAAGCAAAUGUCUUUAACA